AUGUCUCACAGAGCUGAUCUCCCGGUGGCGCAAACUUCAACAUCAGCCAAGCCGGCAUACGCGGGAUCUCUGGAGAUGUUUGUUCCACUUUCAACCUCUCCUUCUGCAGUUGCAACAGGUCACGAUCAAGCUGUUCUCCAUCCACGACAAUCCUCCAACCUCCGAAUCGAGUCGAUGCUAACUGCAAAAUGGUUCAUCAGCCGUGGAACCCAUGGCGCCUUUCGUAUGCCAAGAACGAAAAUGGUCGGCUUGGCCCUCAGUUGCCCCGAAAAAAACGGGCAUUAG